GUGACGUCAUGAGAAAGAUGGCCGCCUCUGUAGACGCAACGCUGGCCCACUGACACAUUUUACUUCGAGGUUUGUGUAGAAUACGCCGUUAAAAACAGCGUGUGUUUAGCCGCACGUCUCAGCGGAGUGUUGGAACAGCCGUGGCAGAGAUGAAGACCUUCUGUGGGCGAGCCAACCCGACGACGGGAGCGUUGGACUGGGUGGAGGAGAGUGAGGAGUACGACUACCACCAGGAGAUAGCCAGGUCCUGUUAUGCAGAUAUGCUGCAUGACCACGACAGGAAUGAGAAGUACUACCAGGGCAUCCGGGCAGCUGUAGCCAGAGUAAAGGCUCGAGGUGAGAAGGUCAUCGUCCUGGACAUUGGGACGGGAACAGGCCUCCUGUCCAUGAUGGCUGUCACCGCUGGAGCUGACUUCUGCUAUGCAGUGGAGGUUUUUAAGCCCAUGGCUGAGGCAGCACAGUGCAUUGUGAGGAAGAAUGGCUUCUCUGAAAAGAUCAAGAUUAUUAACAAACACUCCACCGAUGUCACCGUGGGGCCAGAGGGGGAUAUGCAGAUGAAGGCCAAUGUGCUGAUCACAGAACUGUUUGACACUGAGCUGAUCGGUGAAGGAGCCUUGCCCAGCUAUGAACAUGCUCACCAAAAUCUGGUCCAGAGGGGUUGUGAGGCGGUUCCUCACCGGGCCACCGUCUACGCCCAGCUGGUGGAGUCGGAGCUACUGUGGAGCUGGGGUCAGCUGCAGCCGAUGGAUGUGGAAGGCGCUCGUCUGCUCCCACCGCCCGACGUGGGCCGCUGUGCCGGAGCUCAUUCAGUGUGUGACAUCCAGCUGAGCCAGGUGUCUCCUCACAGCUUCACCCCGCUGGGUCCCCUCUGCACCAUGUUCAGUGUGGAUUUCAGUAAGCCAGUUAGCAGCGUGUUCAAGUCCCACUCCUCCCAGUUUGUGGCUCAGUCAGGCGGUCGGGCCCAGGUGGUCCUGUCCUGGUGGGACAUCGACAUGGAUCCCGGCGGAAGCAUUGUGUGCACCAUGGCUCCCAGCUGGACAUACCCACAGUCAAAGAUGGCCCCGUGGCGGGACCACUGGAUGCAAAGUGUGUACUUUCUGUCUGCGGAGAGGAGGGUGACAGAAGGAGAGGAGCUGAGUCUGACUGUCUGCCAUGAUGACUACAGUCUGUGGUACAGUCUGCAGUCUGACAGCCAACAGGACCCGCAGACUGUUGCUUCUCCCUCUCGGCCAUGUUGUACCUGCCAGGCUCACCUCGUUUGGACUCGGCCGCGCUUUGGUGAACUCAACGACCGAAGGCGUACAGAGAGCUAUGUCAGCGCACUGCGCAGUGUUCUGAGGGAGGACAGUGUGUGUCUUGGUAUCAGUGAUGGAAGUCUGCUUCCUGUGUUUGCUCACAUGCUUGGAGCCAAAAAGGUCUUCAGUGUUGAAAGUUCCCGAAUGUCAAAGCAGGUUAUUGAGCAGGUGUUGGAAGCCAACUCAAUGAAAGGAGGUGUUCAGCUGCUGGAGAUCAGGCCUGAACAGCUGACCAGUAAUGAUCUAGGAGCAGAACAGAUCUCUGUCCUGAUGGGUGAACCGUACUUCAGCACCAGCCUCCUGCCCUGGCACUCCCUGUUCUUCUGGUACUGUCGGACCGCCCUGGCGAGCCUUCUCCGGCGGAACGCCACCAUCCUGCCCUCCUCUGCCACACUUCACAUGAUGGCCGUAGAGUUCCAGGAUUUGUGGAGGAUACGAGCACCAUGUGGAACCUGUGAGGGCUUUGAUGUUUCACCCAUGGAUGAAAUGGUCCAGCAAUCUCUGGAUUUCCGUGAGUCCCGUGAGGCGGAGCCACACCCUCUCUGGGAGUACCCGUGCCGAGCUCUGACCCAAUCCACAGCUGUCAUGACCUUUGACUUCACACAGUGUGUCCCUCAGGAGCCAAUCAUCAGCCAGGGCUCCCUGCCUUUCUUAAGGAUUGGUCGUUGCCAUGGUGUUGCGUUGUGGAUGGAAUAUCAUCUAACUGAUGACAUCACUGUCAGCGCAGGUCUGAUUGGGCCAAUCAGUGAGCAGGGAGAGUGUGAGUGGAGUCGACACAGGAAACAGGGAGUGUAUUUUCUCAGGUCACCGUGGGAGAGCUCAGGUGACGGCAGGGCUGCAGUGUCUUACAACUUCACCUUUGAACCCAGUUCAGGAGACAUUAAGAUGGACUUCAGCAUCGAGUCUCAGUGACGUGGAGUGAAUGUGACUGAAGAACUGACUCUUGAUGCUUUCCUCACGUCACUGUUUGCAUUUCAGGCAUUUUGGAUUCAUUUUUAACAUCUGUGGUUCAGCCAAUAUAGUUUUAUAGUUCUGACCAGAAUUCCUUGUUUUAAGACUGUAGAACAUAAAACUUGUCAGCCACAUUUCAGAAGCUUAACAGUGAAAAUCACAAUGAUGAUAAUAAUAAUAAUAGGCUCUCCAUACUUCUGGUGUAGUAUUUAUCAAUUACUUAAACAAAUGAUCAACCAACCAAAUCCAUCACAAAGGUCAGUGUCACAGACUGGCUGAUGGAUGUUCAGUAACUUUGCAGCAAUUUGGGAUGCAAGAUGGUGUGUGUGUGCGUAAGUAAGUAACUAACCUGUUAGGGUCACCACAGCCAAAAAUAUGAACUCAAACUCAUCAUGCACCAGAGACCACCAACAGGUUUUGUGAAUUAAUGGGUCACUCAUCUAGCCAAGCCAAAUGUCUUCUUACAGGAAUGUUUUAUAAAGUUUUAUAUUGGUU